AUGGCAGUGGCAGUUGGGUUGAGUGGGUGGGAGGUUGGGUGCAACUGGGGUUUGUUGCAAGGAAAGGACGAGGGGCCUGGGGGAUUUGAGGGGAAGAGAGAAAAGAGAGGUAGAGAGAGAAAAGGGGUUGGGAGUGGUGGAUUUGAAGUGGUGGUGGUGGUGGCAGUUGGGGUUCGUUCCAAGGAGAGGGCUAGGGGCCUAGGGGAUCUAAGAGGUAGAGAGAGAAAAAAGGGGGUUGGGAGUGGUGGGUUUGAAGUGGUGGUGGUGGCGACAGUUGGGUUUUGUUGCAGAAAGGGGGCGAGGGGCUUGGGAGAUCUGAGAAGGAGAGAGAAGAAAGAGGUAGAGAGAGAGGAAUGGGGAUUGGGACUGGUGGAGGUGGCACCUGGGGUUUGUUGCAGGGAAGGGGCAUGGGGGAUGGGGGAUCUAAGAAGGAGAGAGAAAAAAGAGGUAGAGAGAGGGGUUGGGAGUGGUGGUGGCAGCUGGGUUAGGAGUGGUGGUGGCAGUUGCGAUGUUGUUUGUUGCUGGGAGCAAGAGGCUGAGAGAUCUAUGAUAGAGAGAGAGAGAGGGAGGGUUGGAGAGGGAGAGGGGGUUGGGAGUGGUGGUGAUAGCUGGGUUGGGAGUGGUGGUGGCAUCAGCGAUGUUGUUUAUUGCUGGGAGGGGCAAAGGGUUGAGGGAUCUGUGAUAGAGAGAGAGAAAGAGGGGGGGUUGGGAGUGGAAGUGAAGAGUUUAGGAAAACUCAAUGUGAGCAAUUAUCGGGAUAUAUUCACUACCGUAAGAUAA